AUGCAGCCGAUCCCAGCUCUUGCUGCUUUUGAUUAUGUGGCUCCUGGAGUCCUCCACUGUUCUCCCCUACUCCCUGGCAGCGGGGCUAUCUUGGCAUCUACUCGGACUGUAUUGGGUGCUCACCAGCAAACCCUGAAGAACAGAGGCAACCUCCCGUAUAGUAAAAUGACGCACGUAUUGUGCCCAUACGAAUUGGGUAAUACAUUUGCCUCGGUCUCAGAGAGUCUUAACAGGAUAUUCCAGAACUUCUGGUCCAAAUUCGAGAGCCGUCUGCAGGCAUUUGGAG